AUGGUGGGCCAUUGGACACAGGUAGUAAGAGCAGAAGCAUCUACUGUCGGCUGCUGGAUAGUCACCGGGUGCCAAUGCACAGCGGGAAGAUCUUGCCAAAAGGCGAACAACGGGCAGUGGUCCACUUAUAUGGCAUGUCAUUACGACUACGGCAACCUCGGGCAUUUUCCAUACUGGCCUCUCAACCCCAACAUUCAGUAUCGCAUGCCCUCUACGGUAACUCAAAAUCGUCGCCAACGUUGCGGCAGUUGUCCGAAAGGCUUCAACCAGUGUGGAACCACCGUGGGGGGCGGGGAGAAGAGAGACGCGUACUUAUGCGCCGGCUACUGGAACAUCCACGAGUCGAUGCCGCCUGCUGACCUGCUUCGCAAGUCAAUUGCAACUCGACACAGUGCCACCGGGAUACCGUCGUGGUAUUUCAUGGUCCGGAACUGCGCUCGCGGGAACGGAUCUUGCCCGUCAAACUCGGUUUGCUGGGCCUACGAACGUGGGAAAGCUUUAACUGCGGAGCCGCCCGUCCUUGUGAACCAGUGCCAAUGCAAGGGUUUCAGCACGCAGUAUGGAAUAUAUUUCGAGAGGGACAUGUGUGGGCAGUACAGUUCUGUCCAACCAUAUUAUGAUGCGGACGCAUUUUUGACAUUCCUUGAGAAAAAGAAGUCUCUCGACCCUCUUCCUUCGGCCGACGCCUUGCCGAGCGCAGACUACCCUCAAGCACACACGACAGAGGGGACGCACCUUCACAGCGUGAGCCAUCCCUCAGCCGCCAGAUCCAUCAGCACUGAUGGAGCUUUUUUCCAGGUCGGAACGCCGAGUGAAGGAGAGGCGAUUGCUCAAACCCCGCCUUUAGCAGAAACAGCUGAGGAAGCGACCGACCUUAUUAUUUUGCCGGAGGCGCAGUCGUCGCCCACAUCGAUAGGCCAUGCAUUGAGUACACACCAUGGGGUGUACUCAAUGCUCAACCAACUGGAAGACCUUUUGUCGCGGAAGACGACGCCCCUAGCAGACUCAGUCACUGCAUUCCUUUCAGUGGAUGAGAUUACACAAGUAAAACCUCCGUCAGAUGAUUUGAUGUUCGAGUGGAAAAAUGUGGACGACCCGCGAUCUAUUGCUAGAAAGCCCGCGCAUGUUAACGCUGAUGAAGGCAGCGCACUUCAGGUUUCUUCCAACCUUCGUGGCAUCAGCAGACAUCAUAUUAAAGGCUUCUCUUCUCCAGCGAAAGUUACAUGGGAUAAGCUUCCUUCUGACGGGCCUGACAACAUCCACGUUGCUCACGAAACGCUGCUGACUGGAAAGGCUAUAAGCACGUCGCACGCGCGUCUCGCAGGCCAAGACGAAAAGUUUUCUGUGUCAGCAGAAGAAAUUGUGCAGGAAGGCCCCCCUCUUCCUGAUAUUGUGGAUGCAAAGGCGUCGCUAGGUGGUGCCGUCGUCAAUGUUAAGGCUGUGCAGAAUGAGGCCCGUGAGAAGAACAAGACUCCACUUCCCAUUGCAUCCGAGGAGAGCAGCAGCCAACUACAUGCGGUGUCGGCUUCCAAAGGAGGCAGGAGAACGACGCAAUCCCCUCAGCAGCAUCUUGCGACGUCGACGAUAGGAUUUCCUCCGCGGCUGUAA